AUGCCUAAACGCUUUGCUACCCGUAAGCUUUGGGACCUCGAUCUAAGUAACGUCAAAGCUACCCCUCACGUUGAACUACGUAUUGCUUCUCCAUUAACACCUCCCACACUCAAGGACGUCCAUCCUCAAGCCCAGUCCCCAGGGACCUACCCUCCCUGGCAUAUACCUUCUUGGGAGCUUACACCCUCGAGACCCAUUUACAUCUACAACCUAUUUGGUCCUAUAUUGACGUUCUACUUAGGGACCUCCCUGGACCUCCUAGGAACCCCCUCAAGGGUCACCAUCUCGUCGUUCCAGCCACUACUAGCAUGCUACAACAUAAACCUUCAUAUACCAAAACCUACCCUAAGACCUAUUCUGACCCAGGUCUUACACCUUUGCAUUGGCACCCAAAACUGCUACAUAUAUGAUUCGUCCUUGAAUGCUGUCACUACCAUCAAGACUCCAAAGUACACAUGGGAUGGAACAAUUGUCAUUGAUCCUAUGAGUGUAACGACCUUGGGGGUUCUGUUCAGUUUUUUGAAACUGGUCAUUGACAGCCUUGUAAACAAGGUACACAUCAAGGACAAUAUAGCAUGGAUCGAGGAAUCAAUCAAAGACAUGGGACAGGCAGGUGCAUUUCCUGAUGUGAACAUAGUGUUGCAGAAGUGGACAGCUGUGCAGCAGGAAUUUGCAGUUUUGAUUGCAGGAUGUGUUGGGGAGGGCGAGACGUGUCGAGGAGGAGAAGAGAAAACAUGUCAUGGAGGACCUUAUAGAGAAGGGGAAAGACCAGCUAUGGGUAAAGUGCUUAAUAAACCAUCAUAG